AUCCACCACCACAUCAUCAAACACUUGGUCAAAAAAAGAAAAACAAUUCAUCGAGCAUGUCAGACUUGCUCUUACAAUUUCGUCGAUCAAUCCUUGUCCAAAUGCUUAAAAAUUUCAUGUCUUUCUUCUACUCGUUACCUCAAUAAGCAAACAGUAUACCAAUGCCAACUACUCUCACUUCCCGUCAUGUCGCUGUGAUCGGCGCUGGAGCCUCCGGCCUUGUUACUGCACGCGAGCUCCGGCGAGAGGGUCACGAAGUCGUAGUCUUUGAACGACAAUCCCAAAUCGGCGGUACUUGGGUCUACGAUCCCCGAGUCGAGCCUGACCCUUUGGGCCUUGACCCAAACCGAACCAUAAUUCACUCGAGCCUUUACAAGUCUCUACGCACCAACCUUCCUAGAGAAUUAAUGGGUUUUAAGGACUAUCCGUUUAUACCCAAAAAUGAUGGAAUGAGAGACCCGAGAAGAUAUCCGUGUCAUAGAGAGGUGUUACUGUACUUGCAAGAUUUUGCAAAGGAGUUUGAGAUUGAGGAGAUGGUGAGGUUUGGCACUGAAGUGGUUUAUGUUGAAUUAGUUGAGGACAGUAAUAAGUGGAAAGUGAGGUCUAAAAAGAAAAGACUUGAUCUUUAUUUUGAUUUUAGUGAUGAGGUUUACGAUGCCGUUGUUGUUUGCAACGGGCAUUUCACUGAACCUCGUGUUGCUGAUAUACCGGGCAUAAGUUCUUGGCCGGGGAAGCAAAUGCAUUGCCACAAUUACCGGGUUCCUGAGCCUUUCAAAGAUCGAGUGGUGAUUUUGAUUGGGCGUUCUGCAAGUUCUAUGGAUUUAUCCAGGGAAAUUGCUGGGGUUGCCAAAGAGGUUCAUGUUGCCUCAAGAUCAGUUGCAGAUGAAACAUAUGAAGAGCAGCCUGGAUAUGAUAACAUAUGGCUCCAUUCUAUGAUAGAAUGUGUUCAUGAGGAUGGUUCGGUGGUAUUCCGCAGUGGAAGAGUUGUUCAUGCUGAUAUCAUUCUACAGUGCACUGGGUACAAGUAUCACUUUCCUUUUCUGGAAACCAAGGGCAUUGUGACUGUGGAUGAUAAUCGUGUUGGGCCGUUAUACAAACAUGUUUUCCCACCAGUUUUGGCUCCAUGGCUUUCUUUUGUGGGGAUACCAUUUAAGGUUAUUCCUUUCCGAAUGUUUGAAUACCAGAGCAAGUGGAUUGCUGGUGUGUUAUCAGGUAGGAUUGAGCUACCGUCACGAGAGGAGAUGAUGGAGGAUAUUGAAGCUUUUUACCUGUCACUUGAAGCUUCAAAUACUCCGAAAAGAUACACUCAUGAAAUGUAUUAUUCUCAGUUUGAGUAUUACAACUGGCUUGCUUCUGAAUGCGGAGGCCAAGAGUUGGAAGAAUGGAUAAAGCAAAUGUUCUUUGCAGAUGAGUGGGAAGAUGAUUACUUGAUCCUGGAAGCUAUGCAAGACUUCACCAAAUACACUUCAAAUGAUCUAAUUGAUACAGUUUAAAAAACAAAAUUAAUUUUAAUGAAUUCAAGUUAUAUCUGGCUUCAUACUUCAUGUAAUAUUAUUGUGUGGCACUGGUUUGCCUUGGCUGCUAGGUUAGCUCAACCUGUAAAAGGAGUUGGUUGGAAUAAAGAAACGGACCUUCAAGGUUCUUUUUUUUUUUUUUAUAAAUUUUUUUCCUUUAUAACUCAAUAAAUGUAUUUUGAUAUUUUCAUUUCCUC